AUGAUCCGAGCUACCGGUUCGCACUGUGGUUACACGAACAAAUGUGCCUUCGUGGUCAUUGUUUUAGUGGCCAGUAUUGGCCACUGGCCAGUGACUGAAGCAUGCGGACGAGGAUCCAUUUACUUAAAAAACAACGGUUACAGACAAAUCCUUAUUGCCAUUGGUAACAAUGUUACGGAAGACAUUUCGCUGCUGAACAGAAUCCAAGACGUCUUCGCCAAAGCCUCGACAUUUCUUUAUCAAAUAACCAAGAAACGAGCCUUCUUUGAGGAAAUUAUUGUUUUGGUACCCAAAAGUUGGUCAAACAGACGAGAGUAUGCUUCUGCCACCAAUCAAACCAUUGAUGUAAGCGACAUCGUCAUAGACAGCACGACGGACCAAGACAGGCAACAACGGCACAAACCUUUCGUUAUCCGAAGUAGUCCUUGUGGGAAACCCGGGGAGUAUAUGCAGCUUACUCCAGAGUACUUGAAGAAUGGCACCAUAGCCGGACAAUACGGAACUUACGAAAAGGUAAUUGUUCACGAGUGGGCUCAUUUACGGUACGGCGUGUUUGACGAGUACCCGGAUGGGUUUCUGAGUCCGGAAUUUUAUGCUGCCCAGAACGGAGAAAUAGAAGGAACGCGAUGUUCCACAGCUCUGAGAGGAGAGUUCUAUGACUACUUAAAGGGAAACGGUCUCUGUGAUUUCAAGAAUGGUUUGCCGUAUGAAUUCUGUCAGUUCAAGGACGAACAAGAGGUGUCUGGGAAGUACGGCUCACUGAUGUACAGCCAUAAGCUGGAUCACGUGGUGGGGUUUUGUGACAACGACACAAACUCUCCGAACACUUUACACAAUCGUCAGGCUCCGACCACGCAAAACCGGAAUUGUGACGGGAAGAGCGUUUGGGAGGUUCUGAGGAGCCAUCCAGACUUCGCAGAGGGCGCAAAUUUGCCACGUGAUGUGCCAAGUACAGAGCCCACGUUUCGUUUUGUAAAACACAGUAGCAAGAGGACAGUAAUUGUGCUGGAUACCUCUGGUAGCAUGACACACAACCACAAACUGUACAAGUUGGCACAAGCUGUUAAGAAUUACAUCCUGAACGUGGCCGUCGAAGGUGACCAGAUUGGAAUUGUGUGGUUCAGCAGCAAGGCGACUAUCAAGGCUUAUCUGACCGCAGUGAAAAACUCAACUCGUGAUCAACUCGUGGCUCAGAUACCAAAGUCAGCUUAUGGGGCGACAAGUAUAGGGGACGGUUUGCGGAAGGCUAUGGCGGUGUUAUCACGUGAUGGACAGGAUCCAGCAGGGGGAGUUAUACUGCUAGUCUCUGACGGCAAGGAAAACAGGCCUCCUUGGCUGGCUAAUGUCAGGAAUCAGGUUAUCUCCAGUAACGUUAUUGUUGACACAAUCGCAAUUACUGAAGAAGCGGACCAGAAGAUAGAGGUUUUAGCCAAGGUGACCCAAGGCUCUUCUUACUUCUUUUCCGAUAAAGGAGAUUCUAACGCCUUAAAUGAAGCCUUCAUUGCCCUAGGAGAACGUGGAACAGGGAUCCUGGACAGACCAAUCCAGUUAUCUAGUCAGUCGGUCACGAUCAAGGGAAACAACUCUUACCAAGAAAAUAUCGUCAUCGACUCCACCAUCGGCAAAAAGACAGAGUUUUUGAUAGGCCAUUCUACUCACGUGAUCAUCAUCGAGGUUACGACGCCGUCUGGCCGUAAAAUAUCCCGCAAUGAUUCAGAAUGCAUCACAGACUUGGAAUUCAAAGAGACUCGGAUAAAAAUUCCUGGGGUGGCAGAAAAAGGCCGUUGGAAAUUGUUCAUCCGGAACCCAAAUCAAAUAGAACAACCUGUUACAAUAACUGUGACCUCAGGCGUGACCGAUCGGAGUGGACCGAUUGUAACCACGGCAACAUGGGCUAAGAAAACGGUCCAGUUUCCGGAUGACCGUCAAAUUCUAUAUGUCAGCGUGUCCCAAGGCUUGUCUCCAGUAUUGCAAGCUAAUGUGGAAGCUAUUUUGGAGAGACCGAAUGCUGCGGGGGAAACAGCGCCAUCUAUACAGCUGGCGUUAAGAGAUAACGGCGCAGGUGGAGACACUUCGAAAGAUGAUGGCAUUUACUCCUCUUAUGUCACCAACUUUACCGACAACGGCCGAUAUCAUGUAAAAGUGAAAGUAAACGACUCACCAGUGUCCGUUGUCAUGAAAGACAAAAUCGUUGGAGCAGGCGGAAGCGGAGCGGCCGGAAGAAACAGAGAGCGUCGAAAUACAGGAUCCAGACAACACACGGAAAACUUUCAGCGCGUAACAUCAGCAGGAUCCUUUCGCCUGGAGAAUUUCACAGCAGGCGUUGAUGCCUUUCCUCCUGGGAAGGUGACGGAUUUACGGGUGAGUGUGGACGAUGGCACGGAGGAAGUGACGCUGAGCUGGACGGCCACAGGGGCAGAUCUCGACCAGGGAACAGCAUCAUCCUAUGUGUUGUGGAAAUCCAAAGACUUUAAUACAAUUUACACAAACCAUCGAGGAGCUUCGAGAAUAGAAGUUGACAUAAAACCACAAACCGCUGGCACGGAAGAGAUGUACACGAUUUAUGUGGAGGAAACAGGAAGCGUGACGUAUUUUUUUGCUCUGGAAGCCGUGGACAAUAGUGGUAACAUCAGUCCGCGCUCUAACGUCGCUUCAGUGUCUUUAAAGUACCUCAACCCUCCCCUUAACCUGCCCUUAAUAGCAGGAUUUGUCAGUCUGGGACUCGUUCUCCUCGUAUUGGUGUCAGCCGGGAGUAUUAUUAUAUACAAACAACACAAGAGACGAGAGCAACCAAACAAGGGAGAAAAGUAUCAACAGAAUGUCAAAGAGCACCAGAUGAAAUAUUAGCAAUCCAGACUGUAUGUGAAUCAAUACCGAUGAAGUAUUAAUACGACGUUGGACAUCUGAGAAAUCACUCCCAUAUGUCGUCCACAAUAAUUCAUUUGCAGCUUUUCACACAAGUAACUUUCGACCACUGAGGUUAUUUGUGGCCAGCAUGAUUUCUUUGACUAUCUGCCCACUAAGUAAUCAAUACUUAAUAUUAAUUAAUACUUUUAUGGAAUGGCAUAUCAGUAGAGGGGGAAUAGCGGGUUACACGUGGCGUUUAUGUACUGUCGAUGUGACCAGUCUGAAACCAGAUCAGACUUUAGCUUGAAAAUUAAACUGUUCAGUCUUUCAGACAAGAUCAUUUAUUACUUGCACCACAUAUAUACUGUAGUAGCAGGUUCUAUUGCAGAUAAUCCCGUUCAUCGACUAUAUAUUCUUUCAUUGUGUUCAGUACUCAUACAUUUGUAUAUAGUUAUUUGUAUAUUAUGUAUCCAUGUUGAAUCGUGUCCAAACGGGCAAUUCUACAAACGCAAAUUUUUGAAGGAA